GUUCAAUGAGUAUUCUCAUUAUCAAUAGUCUUUCUUUACAGUCCUUAUAUAUCCCUUUGCCGCCGAUCCUACGAGUGGGCCUUAUCAUGUUGGUUUGCGGGGUUGUAUGUACCAACAACCAGCAAGUGGAAAUUCUACUCAGCCCUCAAACUAGUGUCUCGGAAGUUCUAUACACUUACCACUCUCUUCUUCCAUGGCUCUUUAAUUAAUUGAACAAGAAUGUGAUAGUUAAUGGUUUGAAAAUCUCUACUUAAGAUGACUAAGACUGAGACGGAGACCAAGUCGGUCAGGAGGGCGGAGGAGGAGGAACCAGAGCUAUAUUCUGUCUUCACAAGGGCAGAGAAGUUCUGUAUUGUCGCCCUCGUUUCUUUCGCAGCAUGGUUCUCAACCCUCAGCAGCUUCAUAUACUACCCGGCGCUGCAGUCGCUCUCCGAAGACCUGUCAGUGUCAAUCACCGAUAUUAACCUCACCAUUACCACGUACAUGGCUGUAGCGACUGUUGCACCAACGCUAGUCGGAGAUGCUGCUGACAUACUCGGACGACGGCCUGUGUAUAUGAUCACUCUGACCAUUUACAUCGGCGCCAAUGUCGCUAUUGCGGCUGCGAGAUCAUAUCAUGCGCUUCUUGGGCUUCGGGUUCUUCAAUCACUUGCCAUAUCUGGGACAUUUUCAAUUGCGUAUGGUGUCAUCACCGAUAUAGCGUCACCCGCAGAGCGAGGGUCUUUUGCUAGCGCAGUCUCUUUUGCUAUCACCAUAGCGCCCAGCAUUGGGCCCAUCCUGGGGGGCUGCUUAACAUAUGCUAGGAACUGGACCUGGAUCUUCUGGUUCUUAGCCAUAGCAGCCGGAACUUGUCUGAUAUUCAUGACUGCAUUUCUACCUGAGACCACACGCAGCAUAGUGGGUAAUGGUUCAAUCGCACCGCCAAAACUUCUUCGAUUGCCAGUCGGCUCGUUGAUGCGACAUUGGGAUGAAAACGAUGUUCCCAUCAGUCGCCGCCGCCAAGUCCCGAACCCAUUUAAAUCCUUGUUCAUACUAAUGCACAAGGAUAACGUGACGGUAAUUCUUGCUUGUGGCUUGCUCUACGCCGUAUAUACGAGUUUAAAUGCAUCCUUGUCUGUCUUAUGUAUUGAGAUAUACAAUCUUUCGAACUGGCAAGCAGGACUCAUAUACCUGCCUUUCGGGCUAGGGGGCACAGUGUCUACAUUCUUCUCUGGCCCAUUGUUAGAUAACGCAUAUCGAGAUGCGCGAACUAAACGAGGGUUGGACACGAAUAAAGCAACUGGCGACGACUUGGACAACUUCCCUAUUGAAAGGGCGCGCUUAAGCGUCAUUUGGAUGCCUAUGGGCUUGACCGUUGCCUCCGUUGUGAGUUUUGGGUGGGUGUUGCAUUACCACAAGCAUAUUGCCAUAUCUCUAGCCAUCCAGUUCGUUGCGGGCUUGGUGAUGCAGCUGGACUUCAGUAUCUAUAAUACCCUUCUAGUUGAUAAGAACCAUCGCAAUCCCGCAGCGGCCCAAGCUUCAAGCAAUAUCGUGCGAUGUACGUUCGGAGCUAUCAUUGUAGCUUUCCUCCAGGAUUGUAUUCGGUCCUUGGGAAUAGGCGGAACAUUCACACUGAUGGGUGGGCUGUGCAUCAUUGCUACGCUUCUUUUUGUCAUUGACUUCACGAAGGGGACUGUAUGGAGGCAGAAGAGGCAAACCUUUAGACUUGUGAAAUGACCAACAGCGGCGUGAGCGUCUGUGCUGACUAAAAGCCUGGUUCCUCAUCGCUACACCAGCUGUUUUGGCUACUAGUCGCCGGUUCUUCCAGUUUAGCCUCCAGUGUAUAAAGGAAGACAACAAUUUUAAAGACAAUUUUAUAACUCA